CCAAAAUAAAAUAAAGCAUCCACUUUCCCUUUUUCUUCUUGUUCUUCGUCUUCCAUUUGGGUUUUCCCAAAAGUGAAAAGCCAAUUCACCCCUCAGAUCAGUGACGCACAUACCCAUCUAAGAAACCCCACAUCAACAAAAACUCAGAACUCACAAGAUUGGCUUUGAAUGAAAUCCUGUUUUUCACUGAUGAAACUUAGCUGAAGGAAUUGAUCAGUGGAAAACCUAUUUUUCAUAAUAUUUGACGUAAAACUGAAGCUGUAAUAUUUCUUUUAACUACACGAGUUCGUUGGAUCUCUGAACAUGGCUGGGAAUCAAGAUCAGUUUGAGAUCAAGUUUCGGUUGACUGAUGGCUCUGAUAUUGGCCCCAAAAGUUUUCCUGCAGCUACUAGUAUUGCAACAUUAAAGGAGAGUGUUCUCGCCCAGUGGCCAAAAGACAAGGAGAAUGGACCAAGGACCAUAAAAGAUGUGAAGUUGAUCAGUGCAGGAAAAAUAUUGGAGAACAACAGAACAGUUGGGGAAUGCCAGAGCCCAUUAUGUGAUACUCCUGAUACAGUUACGACAAUGCAUGUGGUUGUCCAACAUCCUGCUACAGAGAAAGAGAAGAAAGCUGCAAGCCAAGCAACACAGAACAAAUGUAUGUGUAUUAUCUUAUAGCAUCCAGAUUGAAUAGCAGAUGUCAUCUAUCUUAGAAGGUUAGGGACACUUCAUUUUUACGUAACCUGCGGCGUUGAAGAUUUCAACAUACACAGAUUAUUUGGUUGCAUGUGUCAUUCAUACUACAGGCAAAGAGUACUGGACUGUUUACCUAAAAAAACCACUUUACUUGGUGAAGAUUGUGAAACUAGUAGUUCCCUGAUUCCUCUGCGGCUCUAUAUUUCUUGCACAAUUUGAUAGGAGAUGUUCUUCUGCUGGUCUCAACAUGUAUUAGGUGUUGCCUCAUCAGGCACUUGUUAUAUUGAAAUGAACAAUACUAGUUUGCCAUCUUGCACCUCAUAUAUACUUUACAAUUCCUCUCUUGCAUCUGUCUGAUACAACAUGCUUUCAGACAUGUAUGUGUUGAACAUUUGAAUGCGUUUUAAUUUGCUUGUUAUUUAUUUGGUACC